AUCACGAAUGAAACACAUGUUUUGAUGUGGCUGUCACUUUAAUUUCUGACUGUUUUUUUUAAUAUUACGAAUUUUACAAUGACUGACGCUGUUAAGUUUUUAGACAAGAAUACUGCUAGGUUGAUCACAAGCAACCAGGUCAUCCAGGGACCGUACAAUGUCGUAAAGGAAUUGGUGGAAAACGCUCUUGAUGCUGGUGCCACAGCUAUUGACAUCAGAUUGGAAAACUACGGUCUCGACAAGGUUACAGUCAAGGACAAUGCCAAGGGAAUUAGCCUGUCAGAUGUGUCGGUUAUGUGCAAACCUGGAUAUUCUUCAAAAAUCAAGGAAUUCUCUGAUUUAGAAUCUCUUCGAACUUAUGGAUUUCGAGGCGAAGCACUUGCCAGUAUCUGUUGUAUUUCUGAUGUUUCUAUCACGACAAAAACUGAAGAAGAUCCAGUAGCAACCACAUACAAAUUCAACUCUGAUGGAGAAAUCGUGGACAAGUCUCCCUCUCACCUAAAUCAAGGUACACUGAUUUGUGUCCAGAAUAUUUACCACCACCAACCAGCUCGAAGGCGCAUUUUGCUCAGCGCCAAAGCGACGGCAAACACGCAGGGAUUUUCCAAAACAGGCACGAUUUCUAAAAUCAAAUCCUAUCUUGGAGCCCUGGGUGUUGCCUGGCCAUUUGUGCGCAUUUUCUUUGUGCACGGAGGCUCUUUGGUUUGGAAAAAGCAGAGCGUGCCCAUUGCGGCGGGCGAGCCGAUCAAAACGGCGCUUGGAGAGAUUCUCGGACACAACUUGGUCUCUAAUUACAAAGUCGUCAAAUCUGAGCUUGAUGAGUGGGGAUCCAUUACUGCAGUGCUACCCACGAAGGUUGGAGUGGUGAAUGAAACGUGUCAAAGCACCAAAUCAGCCUUGAUUUUGAUCAUGAACAAAAGGGUUGUGCGCCACAAGAAAAUCGAAGACGUUUUAAUGGAGAAAUUCAGGCUUCGGUUCCCUUCUAUUGGGAAAAAUAGGUACCCUGCGUGUGUGCUGGAUUUGAAAGUGAACCAGGAAGAUUUGGACGUCAAUCUUGAGCCUGACAAAUCAAAAUUCAUGCUGCGCUCUGCCAAAGAGGACCAACUUUUGGAAGCAAUUCAAACCAUGAUGGAUGAAUUCUACGACGAAGAAGGAGUUCCUAAUAAAGUGGACGAAGUAGUUGAGCCUCCAGCCAACAAACGGCUGAAAAUUUCUGAUCAAGAGACUGUAAGCGAUUCUCAAGAAGAGCCUGAUGCCAAGUCUUCCCCAGCUGCGUCUUUUAAACUGGAAUUUUUUGUACCUGAAACGCCUGAAGCCCCUGACAAUGAGACUCCAGUGGAGCCCUCUCCAUUUACACUGUCAGAACCAUCUUCUGAGGAUGAAUUGGAAGACACUUUAAAGGACAACUCACUUCUUUCUACCCCAAAAUUGCCUGAGGAUGUUGAAGAUUUUGUUUUCUCUUUGGAAGAUGAAGCAGCGCUUCUUGAAUUGGAGAAACUUUUGAAUCAAUCGAAUUCACCAGUCACAGAGGAGCUGGAAAAAGCUGAAGCGCCCAUGGAAGUAAAUCAAGCAGACUGGAGUCGCGGCCAUGUUCCUGGCAGUUCAGGGAAUUUCAUUGAGGGUUGUCAACUAUUAGUGCAACCGAAAGUUCAACAGCCAAAAGCCCCCAAAGCAAAAGUUCAAUAUGACAGGCGACUGUCGCUCUCGGCGAGUCCUUGCACUCAAAUGGGACAAAAUAACUUGCGGGCUUUCAACAUGUUCUGCAAGGAAACUAGACCUAAAUUGCUCAAGGACAGACCAAAUAUGGGGCUGUGCGAGGUGGCUCCUCUCUUGGCCAGAUUGUGGAAAGAUCUGCCCGACGAAGAGAAAGAAAAGUUCGGCCAAAUGGCUCAGGAGUACAAGCUGAGCAAAUUGGACAAUUCCUCUGUCUCAAAUGCUUAUAGCCCAGUGCCAGUUGCAAAGAAGCAAAUAAAAAAGAAGGAACCAGAAAAGUCUGCUGAAGCGAGUUUGUGUUUGAGCAUGCUGAAAACUCUUGCUGAUAAGAAGACGCCUGCUGUUAGUGCUGUUGCAGCUCCACAAAUUGAAAUUAUAACCAAAGUUCAGGAGGAGAAUCCCCAAAAAUCACCAAUGAAAAAGAAAAAAUUGACUAGAGUGGUUGAGGUGCCUAUAACUUUAGAUGCCAUCAUGAAAAAGAAAUUCGCGAGGCUUGAGUCAAAUGUGCCAGAUACUCAAAUUCUCGGCAAGUGGAAUGGAAAUUGGCUUGUUCGACAAGGCUCAGAGAUUUCCACUUAUAACCCUUGGCUGAUCAAGGAAAUUUUAGAAACCAUUUUGAACCCACAGGAAAUGAACGCCGUUGAGAACAAGAACGACUUCAAGAGACUUUUGGAAAACUUUACUACGCAUUGCAGUUUGGAGGAAAAAUGCCCUCACGGAAAGCCGUGCAGAGCCACAGUUUACUCAGGCCCGCUUUUGUCGCAAACCAUGAAAACCCAGUCGCAAUAAAAUUUAACUUGUUUCUAGAAUUGAAAGGAAA